CUUUGCCCGGCGCCUCCACAAGACCGUUCGGAAGCUGCUGCCCGACUGCGAGAUCCGCUUCAUCAGGUCGGAGGACGGGAGUGGCAAAGGGGCGGCCAUGGUGACGGCGGUGGCCUACAGGCUGGCCGCCCAGCACAAGGCACGGCAGAAGAUCUUGGAUGCCCUCAAGCUGAGCCACGAGCAGCUCCUGGAGGUGAAGCAGAGGAUGAGGAUGGAGAUGGAGAAUGGGCUGGGCAAGGAGACGCACGCGGAGGCGACGGUGAAGAUGCUGCCCACCUACGUGUGCUCAACUCCGGAUGGGACAGAAAAAGGCGAUUUCCUCGCCCUGGACCUGGGAGGCACCAAUUUCCGGGUGCUGCUGGUGCGGGUGAGGAACGGGAUGCGGCGCGGCGUGGAGAUGCACAACAAGAUCUACUCCAUCCCGGUGGAGAUCAUGCAGGGGACGGGGGAGGAGCUCUUUGACCACAUCGUUCACUGCAUCUCCGACUUCCUGGAGUACAUGGGCAUGAAGGGCGUUUCACUGCCGCUCGGAUUCACCUUCUCCUUCCCUUGCCAGCAGAACAACCUGGACGAGGGGAUCCUCCUGAAGUGGACAAAAGGGUUCAAGGCCACCGGCUGCGAGGGGGAAGACGUGGUGAACCUGCUGAAGGAGGCGAUCCACAGGAGAGAGGAAUUCGACCUGGACGUGGUGGCGGUGGUGAACGACACGGUUGGCACCAUGAUGACCUGCGGAUACGAGGAUCCCUAUUGCGAAGUGGGGCUGAUCGUCGGCACGGGCAGCAACGCCUGCUACAUGGAGGAGAUGAGGAACGUGGAGCUGGUGGACGGGGAGGAGGGCAGGAUGUGCGUCAACAUGGAGUGGGGGGCGUUUGGGGACAGCGGGUGCCUGGAUGACAUCCGCACCGAGUUCGACUUGGCGGUGGACGAGCUGUCUCUCAACCCCGGCAAGCAGAGGUUUGAGAAGAUGAUCAGCGGGAUGUACCUGGGGGAGAUCGUCCGGAACAUCCUGAUGGAUUUCACCAAGCGAGGGCUGCUCUUCCGGGGACGCAUCUCGGAGAGGCUGAAGACCAGGGGGAUCUUCGAGACCAAGUUCCUGUCCCAGAUCGAGAGCGACUGCCUGGCCCUGCUGCAGGUCCGCUCCAUCCUGCAGCACCUGGGGCUGGAGAGCACGUGCGACGACAGCAUCAUCGUGAAGGAGGUGUGCACCGUGGUGGCGCGGCGCGCGGCGCAGCUCUGCGGGGCCGGCAUGGCGGCCGUGGUGGACAAGAUCCGCGAGAACCGCGGGCUGGACUUCCUGAAGGUCACGGUCGGCGUGGACGGGACGCUCUACAAGCUGCACCCUCAUUUCUCCACCGUCAUGCACGAGACCGUGAAGCAGCUGUCCCCGAAAUGCGACGUCUCCUUCCUGCAGUCGGAAGACGGCAGCGGCAAGGCCGCAGCGCUCAUCGCGGCCGUGGCCUGCCGGAUCCGGGAAGCCGGCCAGCGGUAG